AUGUACGUAAUUAAAGUUGAUUGCAAAAAUCCACUCAAGAAUAGCAGUCUUGUCCUAAGCACCAUCCAUGGCAAAAGUCCCUUUUGGUUUUCUGGAUCACGUAACAUAGUCAGAUAUAAAGGAUGCGGCCCUAUUGCCAUCAUGAACAAUGGAGUUGUUGUCUCUGGUUGUUCAACGACUUGUGGCGAAGACGUUGUUACCAACUUAGACACGUGUUUUGGCAAUGGUUGUUGCCGAACUACAAUUCCUGAUUAUCUCCGGUCGUUUACCUUUAAUAUAGCAGAAUUGGAAGGACAGGAUGGAUGUGGGUCUGUCUUCUUGGUGGAUGCAUACUAUGAGAGAAGAUUUCCCAGCCAAUUAGUUGUGGGAGAUCACACUUUUGUUCCAAUAUCACUCUCGUGGAAUGAAAGCUUUUCAACAUCACAAGAUGAGGAUGAAGAUGAAUAUGAAGAUGAAGAUGAAACAUGUGGAGAUGUCAGGAUUCCAUACCCUUUUGGAAUCAAUAAGAAUUCUUCUGGGGCCGAAUUCUUCAAUGUUGAUUGUAACUCCUCCACGCAGUAUCUACCUGCGCUCAACAACGUGGAGGUGUUGGCUGUAAACGCAAGCCAACAAAUGGUCACUGUUAAUGUCCUUAGAAUUUCUGAAUGUGAGAAUACAUUCCAGAAUAACAGUCUUGUUUUAAGUAGAACUCGUCUCUACUUUUCUGGAUUUUAUAACAUAUUCGUGUUUGAGGGGUGUGGCAGUGUUGCCCUCAUGGAGGAGAAUGAGGAUAUUGCCGGUGUUCGGCUAUUUGUGGCAACGACACAGUUAAGGACACACGCAAUUGGUUUGGCAUUGGAAGUUAUUGCCAAUCUACCAUUUCUGAUUUUUAUAUUUACCCGCAACAGUUAA